AUGCCUAACUCAAAUGUUCGGAUUCCUCCUACUGUUCCAUCGAAGAUAAUAGAUGUGGUCGACCAAGCGCUAAGAGCGCGACUCUUAGGUGGCAGCACCUUCAAUUCAGGGUUUGAUAGUUUAGAUUCCGUACUUAACUUACAGUUUAGACUACAUUACCAUGUUAUUGGAUCGAAUGGGCCUGCAAAACCAGUUUGUGAUGUUUUACUGAAGGAAAGUCAAAAUUUAGAAAAGAAUAUGAGUAUGAUGGAGGAGUUGAAUGACUAUCCGGAGAUUACAAAACUAGUGGAGAAAAUUCUGUUCAAUUGCCUCGGUAUUCUUUUCUUCCACAGGGGCCAAUUUCAGGAAUCGCAGCGGUGCUUGCUGCACUCGUUGAAAAUUCAUAAUAACACUGCAUCGCAAAAAACAGCACUUAUGGAGCAGUAUGAUAGGUAUUUGAUCGUAGAAAACCUGUACUACCGUGGUCUAGUUUCGCAAGACAUAAAUAUCAUGCAAAAUGUUUUUUACAAAGAACUACUGGCCCACGUGGAUACGAUCCCUCCCGAAUCAAACGGUCUUCUUUUCGAAUACAUCAGCUUGAUCGUCGCAAAACUCAGGUUCAAUCAAAUUCAGGAUUUAGCAGAAAAUUUUAAAACUACCGUCGAAAAUCCUUUUAUUCUUUUCCUUUACAUGAUAAAGAAGUUCCAGUCACCUCUCAAAAAGCACAUUGAUAAUGAUGAUCUUUAUUUGAAGUUCGGACAGAACGUUUUGUUGAAGGCCAAAUUUCCUACUGCUAGUGAGACAAAUGAUGAAGCUUUGGAGCAUUUUAAUGUCUUUUUGCAGUAUUAUUUCAAAUUCACUCACAUAAAAAAAAUAAAAGUGAAUCCCAGUUGGUAUAAUUUCAUAAUAUCUUCAAUGGAAAAGACUUUUCAAAGUAUUGAAGUUUCGAAAACAGCAAUGUUUCUUUUCCAAAACCUAAGCGAUAACAGUAAUGACGAAAUAAAGAAGAAGACAUUUAAAAGAGAAUCUAUACUAAAUUUUGUUAAUUUUGUGAAAUACAACGACAAGUACUAUCAACUGCACGAUAACUCCCACCGUGACAUAAUUUCAUUCAUUGAUGCGUAUUCUUUUAUUUUACAAAACUCCUCCAAAACCGAUUCAAUCGAAAAUGUUUUUGAUUACGAUAAUACGGUAUCUACGUUUGCGACUUCCUUGAAUUCCUUCUACAAAGAAUAUAAUUUGCCAUUAAUGAGCCAAUCAGAAUCUUUAGAUUGGCUAGAAAACAGCACCAGAUGUGUAUACCCAGGAAACAUUUCGAAAGUUCUAACAAAUGCGUGGUCAACAUUGUACGAAAUCAGAAAAUAUCAGUUAGAUUUUCUUGUAUCUAAUAAUUUGACUUCAUAUCUAUGUAAUGCAAUGAUGCUGUCCACAAAAGAAAAAGACAAUGCUGAUGUAGAAGAGCAGGAAGAAGGAGAGGAGGAGAAGGCAUUACGUGAAUUACAAUUUAAAUAUUCUUACACUCUAGCACAACAGAGGCACAUUGAAACUGCAAUCAAGACUCUAGAAUCAUUGAUAUUAAGUAAAAACCCAAAUUACUACAAAGCUUGGCAUCUAUUAGCUCUUUGUAGGUCUGUGCAAGAGGAUAAGGAAAUGUCGUACAAGAUAGUUUGCUCUGUUCUAGAAGCUAUGAAUGAAAGUCUUCAGAACAAUACUUUACUUCUGAAUGAUAGAUGGCAAUUUAUUCACCUAAAAUUAACGCAAUUGGCGCUAAUUGAAGAAAUUUUUGGCACUUUAGAGGCACUGGAGACACUUCCAGAGGUCUUUGAAUUAUACGCAACAUUAUUUCCAGAUUCACAACCUGAAUUGAACAGCAUGGGUCCCAAAUAUUCUCAAACUAAAGAAUAUCUUUUACAAAUGGUGUGGAUUUUUGCUGCAAAUAUGUACAUGAGAACAAAAGACAAUGAUGAGGAUGCCAAGGCCGCCAUCAAAGAAGCCUCCAAUGUCGAAAGUAAAUUCAAGAAUUUAAAUUGUAAUAUUGCUAACGGUUAUUUAUCAAUAAUAAAAGAUGAACCAGGCGUGGCAUUAAAGGAAUUUGAAACAGUUCUGUACUAUGAUGAGAAUAAUUUAGAUGCCUUGGUCGGAUUCGCUGAAUUAAUUUUCCCUGAAGAACUAGGCGUCGAGGAAACUAAUCUUGAGCGUUAUUAUACUCUCAGCCUUGAUAAAAAACCAGGUAAGAGGGCCAAACUUACGUUCGUUAAUGACACAGAUAGGUCAGCAGCGUAUGCAAGACUAAAAUUUCUAUUGGAGUGCGCAAUACUAGAAUCGAUCGAGGCUUACUAUUCCCCAGAAGUUUGGUGGUAUUUGUCCCUCAUUUACGAGAAAUAUCAAGAUGACGAGUACAAAAACUCUUUGCUAAAAUGUAUUAAAUACCAAGAGUUGAAUCCCAUUCGCUCCCUAAGGUAUUGCAAUUACUAA